AAAUAAAAAGGAAUCUUAAGCUCCCCAGUCAACCCCCUCCCACCCUCCACAAAUCCACAUGAUGCCCUCCCACUUUACAGUCCUACACCUUCAGAUUAAUCUCUGGACAUAUUAAUAAACAUCAUUAAUCAAUCACACCUGGUACUCGUUUACAGGAAUACCUGGUCGGCUCCUCCUCCUCCACCCUCCAUUGAUGAACCCAAACAGAGACUUAUCCAAAGACUGAAUCUUUUCAAUCACGAUGGACUCAAAGUCCGUGCUUUUCCUGACCCACCAAUCCUUCUUCACCGCCGUCCGAUCCGGCGACCUUGCGGCGCUGAGUCGGGUGGUGGAGAAGCUCGCCAAGGACGAGCCCUCCUCAAAUGGGUCGCUGGUAUCUGAUCUGAUGGCGAUGCAGAACGACGCCGGUGAGACUGCGCUGUACAUGGCCGCGUACAAUAAUCUGGAGGAGGUGUUUGGUUACUUGCUCAAGCUCUGCGGUGUCGAGGUUGUCAAGAUCAGGUCCAAGCUUGAUAUGAACGCCUUUCAUGUCGCAGCUAAGCGUGGCCACUUGGGUAUUGUGAAGGCACUAUUGGGAAUCUGGCCUGAGCUUUGUAAGCUGUGUGACUCGUCAAACACUAGCCCUCUUUAUUCAGCUGCCGUUCAGGACCAUUUAGAUGUAGUCAGCGCCAUCUUGGAUGCCGACAUCAGCUCACUGAGGAUCGUAAGGAAAAAUGGUAAAACUGCAUUACAUACAGCUGCAAGGUAUGGCUUGCCCCGUAUUGGGAAAGCACUUAUAGAACGAGAUCGAGGAAUAGUCUGCAUAAAGGAUAAGAAAGGUCAAACUGCACUUCAUAUGGCCGUAAAAGGUCAGUGCACUCCAGUUGUAGAGGAGAUAUUGGAUGCUGACACUUCUAUACUGAAUGAACGUGACAAGAAGGGCAACACAGCUGUGCAUAUAGCCACAAGAAAAUGCCGUCCAGAGAUAGUGAGUGUUUUGCUGAGCUAUAGGUCUAUUGAUGUCAACGCCAUAAAUAAUCAUUACGAAACUGCAAGGGAUUUGGCAGAUAAACUACCGUACGGAGAAUCUAGAUUAGAAAUUACAGAAGCACUAGCGGAAGCUGGUGCCAAAUAUGCAAAACAUGUUGGCCAAGUGGAUGAAGCAAUGGAGCUGAAGAGAACUGUGAGCGAUAUCAAGCAUGAGGUGCACUCACAGCUCAUGCAAAAUGAAACAACUCAGCGGCGAGUUUCUGGCAUUGCCAAAGAACUAAAGAAGCUUCAUAGGGAAGCUGUCCAGAACACUACCAAUUCUAUCACAGUAGUUGCUGUUCUGUUUGCAUCGAUAGCUUUCUUGGCCAUUUUUAACUUGCCUGGCCAAUAUGUAAAGUCUGGAACGGAAGCAGGGAAGGCUAACAUAGCCGAUGAAGUUGGUUUCAAAUUGUUCUACCUGUUGAAUGCCACAUCUCUUUUCAUCUCGCUAGCAGUUGUUGUGGUUCAGAUCACUUUGGUGGCCUGGGAAACUGGGGCUCAGAAGCAAGUCGUGUCAGUGGUGAACAAACUAAUGUGGGCUGCCUGUGCUUGCACCUGCGGGGCAUUUCUGUCGAUAGCUUUUGUGGUGGUCGGAGAAGGGAGUUCAUGGAUGGCUAUUACCAUAACCGUUGUGGGAGUGCCCAUCCUUAUUGGAACUCUUGCAAGCAUGUGCUACUUUGUUUUCAGACAUCACUUUGGGGCUUUCCGGCGGGACUCUCAGAGGCGCAUCAAACGGGCCAGUGGAAGCAAGUCCUUCUCGCGGUCCUUCUACUCGGCAAAUAUCUCAGAUCUUGAUGAUGAAUAUAACUCCGACCGUGAAAAAAUCUACGCUUUGUAAACACGGAUACACCAUGUGGGGAGUUGUUUACUUGUUUAUCUGUCGAAGUAGCAGUUAAUGUUCAUAUUUGAAGAGGUGCUCGGCUGUAAUCUUUGCGCGCGCCAACGGUAAUAAACAGUUGAUUGAAGAUUAUGUAUAUUGUACUUGUAACUACUGAUCACAUUCGAUCAAGACUUCCGCAGCUCCCUAACGAAACCAUUUUAUAUGGUUUCACAUACUUCCAUGGCUACCGACCAAGUCUCUGAUGCACUUCAAGUGCGUCUGCAAGUCCUGGUCCUUUACAACCACAGGCUACUGCCACUUUCCCCCUCACUGGCCGAAGUCAGUUUACCAUAUCAGUCCUUGGCAUACGAUCCACACGGGCAAGCUCUGCAUUCAGUCUUCUCCGCCGCGAAUCCAGGCAACGGUUCAUAUUUAUAAUACGAUGAUCAAUAAUCUUGGUAGAAGUUCAAUUGUGUUGCCUGAACAGAUAUGCCUGAAGGAGGAUGAUGCUCGGUUGAGUUUAGUUGCAAGAGAAGAUGGCGUAAACAUAAUAUGAAGGAAAUAGGAUUUGGACUUGUGCUGUUGUUGCAAUCGUUGAUCACGCUUUUGAACAUCUUCUUCUUGUUUCCUCUAAUCGUGUCAAUUUUCCGUGUGAUUUCUUUGCUCACGACAAUAUUAUGUAUUUGUAGCGGUUUGAUAUGGCCUUGUGAUUUUAUGUUGCAAAAUGUUAUCGAUGUGUUGUGAAAGUAUCUUUAUGAAUAA